AUGGUUCUAAAUUUUGGCGACUUACAGAGGACAGUCGAAAGCCUCUUUUUAGAUUCUACAACUAUUGGAUAUAUCUAUGUGGUGGUAUUCUUUAUGCUGAGAGUAUUUCCUACUGUCACUUUCUCGUCUGCUUUUGGUGAUGAAUUAAAGUUUUUCCAUUGCAGUUCGCAGGAAAAGGGAUGCCAGGAAGUAUGCCACAACGAGAUGGUGCCGUUUUCCCUGGACAGGCUGAUGCAGAUGAAGCUGUUUUUGUUGACGCUGCCGACGGUCGUUUGGUACGUGAUCCAACGAAACGAGCGCGAAAAAAUGGCGAAAGCAAAGGCCUACAAAAAAGACCUGGAAGAUAAAGAUAAGGAAGCAGAAGAGGUGCUGAACAAGGAUAUCAAUGAUAAUACUCCUUUACUUGGAACUCCAAAGACCGGUGAAGCGCUUUUGCUCACCAAAUCAAAUUUCUCGAUUCACAGUGAGACAAAAUCUACGAAAAACUCCUCCAAAUCUAAUGCUUACAUGAGAAUCACAAAAGAUCCCAAUGCGCGAAGUGAGUAUUAUCACCGAGAACGAUACGUACAACGAAACGAGAAAAAGCAGUGGCAAGAAAAGAGGAUGAAUAUACAGAAGGGAAAACUCGAGGAAAGUCAGACGAACGCACGUCAGCAAUAUCAGCAUAACGGGCAGGAUUUCGACGACCAGAAAUUCUUCAGCGUCAAGGACAAUGGCUCGCUUUGGAUGUGGUCAGUACUCAAGGUGCCUAUGCACUACUCAUGCGGCCGAACACGCAACUCCGCCGUGCCCGAGGAAAAUGACUAUCACUAUCCAUCAUUCACUACAUGUCAGAACAAGCCUGUCACUUGCUGGAGCAUGAGAUCUACGGAGAAAACAAUUUUCUUGCGGUACAUGGUUGCGAUGAGCAUUUUUUCGAUUCUGUUGCUGAUCGCAGAUUUUAUCAAACUCGCUUGGAAAACGUACAAUGUCCGAGUGAAACCUGCUCGACAAGAGAAGCUGGCUUUGAAAUACGGCAAAUACGAAGGCUCUCGACUCGACCUGAAAGCACCAGUCGUUGAGACACCAGCGACGACGACUCUAGGCAGAAAUGGAGACGAUACAUUAUCAAGUCGCUGGGCUCCAAAUGAUAGAAGAAGGGUCAAUGGGAAACCAGCGGAAAAUGAAAAUUUGGUUCUAAAUAAUAAUCAUAUAAAUUUAAGCGGAAGAAGCGCUUGGUGA